AUGAACCCCAACCCCAACCCCAAUCCAGCCGAAGAAGCCUUGAGCAGCCUUUACGAGGCGUUUGGUCUUCCCGAGUCUGGCUCCAGGUAUUGCUUGACUGAAGAUGGAUACGGGAAACCUUGCUCUUCCACUCUGCCUGACACACGCAGACCGCGCAUCAAUCUUCUCAUGCAGCUCUUGUCUCUUCAUGAGACUGCCAAUAAAGACCCAAUCGUAUCCCUAUCAGUUGAAAGGGCUAUUACAGAGCUGGCCUCCAAGCUCGUUUGUCGCCGCGCUCCCCGGGGGCAUGCAGCCAUGUUCCGGCAAGAUGGAAAACGCGACGAGGACAAUCAGGAAGAUCUGAUACUCUUGCUGUCCUCCAAAUUUAAAGAAUGGCAAUCGAAUAACGCCAAUGCAGGCACUUCAAAGAGCAAGCGAGCUUCCAACCAAAACACGCACAAUCCCAGCCAGGAAGCCAGUGACCAGACAGACGAAUACGACGUGUCCAGCACAAGCAGGCAGGACAAGCGCCAGAGGCCGAGAUUAGUCAGGGAGAAUCAUAGGGAUGAGCGAGAGCUCUUUCAGACUCCUGUAAGAGGCCGGCGCUUAACAUCCGGUGGCAAAAGAAAAGGGGAAGAAUCUUCCAAGUCACCAUCACGUCCAUCUGAUAGUGACGAUGAGUUUAUCAUUUCGCCUGAAUCGAUUGCUUCUCCAGAUCCUGACGAACUUUUCACUCCGCUCUCGUCUGCCUCAACCCCAUGUUCACUUGCUAGCACCGUGGACUUUAAAUCUCGUCGAUCUUCUUUCAGGAACAGAAAACGGCAAGAUGUGAGCCCGACGCGUGGGGCAGAUCUUGCGGACGUUGACAGCCUGGAAAGAGACAUGAGGCGAAAAUUCAACCUCGUUGACAGUGUCUCUGGCAGAGAGGGCGAACCUGAUGCCCAGAGUCUGGAUGCGAAAUCGGAUGAAGGAACCACUGCCCGUUCUCCUGUUCAGCCUAUGAAGUUCGCCCUGAAGAGAAAAGAACACAUUCGCAAAAUCCUUGAACAAAUGGCAAAACGGGCAAGGCGGACAAAAGACGGGCGAAACCCUGGAUGGAUUUAUGGCUUUACUGAUACAUCAGCACCGGGUCAUAUCAAAAUCGGAUAUUCAAAAUACUCGGCUGAGUGGAGAAUUCGGGAAUGGAAAAGGACAUGCGGCCACGAAGAACUCAAUAUCGAAUUCGAGGCCGAGAUGCCAUGUGCGGUUCAAAGAAUGGAACAAUUGAUUCAUCUUACUCUACACAUGGAAAGGGAAGACGCGUGGUGUCCAUUCAAGGAGUGCACGAAAGAGCACAAGGAGUGGUUCGAAAUCUCGCGGGAAGAGGCAGAGAGUGUCGUCAAAACGUGGCAAAGGUUCAGUGAGCUAAUCCCGUACACUGAAUCGGGUUAUUUAGACGAUACCUGGUCGGCUAUAGUUGCGAGGGCUCUGCGAAACGGACCAUAUUCUUCGAGUUCCAAGGAGUGGUUGGAAAAAGAACUUCUUACCAUAAUAUCAGAGCGGGAAGGCUAG